AUGGACAGACAGGAUAGACAAAGUAUUUUCAAUGAACACUCAGAGCAGAUGCUUAACUGUGGUGGUAGAGAUAAGAAGGAAGAGACUAAAGUAUAUGAUCUACCAGAUAUUAUAGAAGAAAGUGCCAAAUUAGGUAAUGUAAAUCUUUUACACAAGAAGAGUUUAUCAUCAAAUAUAAUUGACAAUUUAUCAAUUUCUCAUAAUCAAAGUAAAUAUGAUGAAUCUUCUAAUAGUGUAAUUACUAAAGUGGUUGAUGGAGCAAUUGAUAAGAUUAAUGAAAGCAUUACCAGUGAUAAGAAUACAAUAGAUAUUUCUAUCAGUAAAAUUCCUAAGAUCUCCAACCCGCUCAUAACUGAUAGAACAUUUUCAUUCCAAGAUUCACUUGAUUUUUUCAAGAAUCUAUCAAAGUCUAUUAAAGAUUCAAACGGUUUAAUUAAUAAUGAGGUAGUUGAUAAAAUUGUAAGUGAAUCGAGUACCGGUAGAGUUCAUAAAAAUUCUCAACAGCUCGUUCCUAACACAACAUUCUCAUUCCAAGAUUCACUUGAUUUCUUUAAGAAUAUUUCAAAGUCUAUUAAAGACACAAAUGGUUUAAUUGAUAAUAAGGUAGUUGAUAAGAUUGUAAAUGAAACGAGUGCUAGUAAAGUUCAUAAAAAUUCUCAACAGUUCGUUCCUAACAGAACAUUUUCAUUCCAAGAUUCACUUGAUUUCUUUAAGAAUCUAUCAAAAUCUAAUGAAGAUUCAAAUGGUUUAAUUGAUAAUGAGGUGGUUGAUGAGAAAUGUGAUAGUAUAUAUAGUAGUAGAAUAGAUGUGUCUACUAACAAAGUUCAUAAAUGUACCCAUCCACUUAUUACUGAUAGAAUGUUCUCAUUUCAAGAUUCUCUCAAUUUCUUUAAGAAUCUUUCAAAGUCUACUAAAGACUUUAAUGAUAGAAGUGAAGACAUUUUAUAUCAAGAAGAAUUUAAGUCUCAUGUUAACAAUCAUGAUAGAAUUAAAACCUACCAGAAAGACAAUUCAAAUAUAACGAACUUUUAA